AUGAACGCGGCUCAGCUGCUCCAAGAUUCCUUGUCGCCCAAUCAAGCGGCUCGAGAAUCAGCUACCCAGCAACUCGAAGCCGCCGCCAGGGAUAAUUUCCACGGAUACCUUCACACACUCGCAGUAGAAUUAGCAAAUGAAUCACAAGACUUGAACGUCCGUUAUGCUGCAGGUCUGGCAUUCAAGAACGCUAUCGCCGCUAGGGACGCCAUAAAUCAACCUCAAUUGACAGAAAGAUGGUUAUCACUUCCGGAUACAGCAACAGCACCAUUGAAACAAUCUGUACUCUCAACUCUUGGUUCACCUCAACAUCGUGCAGGUGCAGUCGCCGCUACCUGUGUAUCAGCAAUUGCAGCAAUCGAAUUACCAGUUAGCAAAUGGCCAGAAUUGAUUCCUCAAUUACUGGAGUUUGUAGGUAAUCAGGAGAACCAAGGGUUGAGGGUGGCUACUCUCCAAGCUGUCGGAUUCAUUUGUGAAGUGAUUGAUCCCGAAAUUCUUUCUGCACGAUCGAAUGAGAUUCUCACUGCCGUCGUACAAGGAGCUAGAAAGGAGGAACCCAGUCAUGAAGUGCAGCAUGCUGCUAUCCAGGCUUUACUCAACUCGUUAGAAUUCAUCAGGGACAACUUUGAACGAGAGGGCGAACGAAAUUACAUCAUGCAAGUAGUAUGCGAGGCUACUCAGAGCCCAGCAGUCACAGUCCAAGUUGGUGCCUUCGAAUGUCUCGUUAGAAUAAUGCAUUUGUACUACGAAAAGAUGGAUUUCUACAUGGAACGAGCUCUCUUUGGAUUGACAAUCAUGGGUAUGAAACAUCACGAGGAACCCGUUGCCCUUCAAGCCAUCGAGUUCUGGAGUACAGCAUACGAAGAAGGAGAACAGCCACUCUACGUAUCGAAAGGUUUCGCCAAAGCUGCUCUUCCCGAUAUCCUUCCUGUACUUCUCGAAUUACUUUGUCAACAGAACGAAGAUGAUGACGAAGAUGAUUGGACAAAAGCAAUGGCUGCUGGUUGUUGUUUAGAAUUACUCGCCAACAAUGUUGGUAAUGAUAUUGUCCAACCGGUCGUACCAUUCGUGGAAGCUGGUAUAACACAAUCCGACUGGCAACGUCGAGAAGCUGCUGUCAUGGCUUUCGGUUCGAUCCUUGAUGGUCCUGAUCCUGAAGUCCUUGCUCCUCUUGUCACUCAAGCACUCGGUGCUCUUAUCGGAAUGAUGCAAUCCGACCCUAGUCUGCAAGUACGAGAUACGGUUGCUUGGACAUUAAGCAAGAUCUGUGAGAACAUGCUUCAAGUCAUCGAUCCCGCAGUUCACCUUCGAAACCUCAUCACUGCUCUCGUCAUCGGCCUCAACGCUUCUCCUCGAACUUGCAACAGUUGUUGUGCUGCUCUCAACAGCUUAGUGGUACAGAUUUCAGGCGAUGCCGAUCUGUUAGGGGAUGAUGUGCAGACAUCGCCCAUGUCCGAAUACUACUCUGGUAUACUGAAGGAGUUAAUGCCUAUUGCCGAAAGACCCACCAACCACGCCAACAGUCGAAGUGCCGCUUACCAAACGAUAUCCGUAUUCCUCGGCUCAUCCGCCAAUGAUACUCUCCCAGUUGUUCAGGAAGUCGCUGUUGCCAUGCUCGCUCGACAAGAAGCUCUUUUGGGCAUGCAGAACCAGUUGGUAGGCAUGGACGAUCGAAACAACUGGAACGAUAUGCAGAUCAACCUUUGUGUCGUCAUCCAAUCUUUCAUCCGACGAUCACCAUCGAUGGCUGCGCCAUUCGCCGACCGAAUCAUGACUAACUUGUUAGGCCUUAUCCAAGCUUCAGGUAAACAUGCUGGUGUCUUAGAGGAUGCUUUUGCUACCGUCGGUGGAUUAGCCAGUGCUCUCGAAGCCGGUUUCGUCAAAUACAUGGAUGCUUUCAGCCCUUUCCUCUUCUCCGCUCUUGGUUCUUUCGAAGACUGGCAAGUUGCCCAAGCGGCCGUAUACGUUGGAAGUGAUAUCGCCCGAGCUAUCAACGAAGCCUUGACUCCUUACGCCGAACGAUUGAUGGUUGCGCUCAUCGACCUGCUCCGAAGUCCUGUAGUUCAGAGACAAGUCAAACCUAAUGCUAUCACGACUAUUGGUGAAGUUGCCUUGGCGAUUGGAGGUGGAUUCAGGCCUUACCUCGAUACUACCAUGACCAUCCUUUCUCAAGCUGGAUCAACUUCUGCUGCUCCAGGUGAUGAAGCUAUGAUUGACUUUGUGCAGACUAUGAGAGAGUCCAUUGUAGAUGCCUUCAUCGGUAUUAUGAAUGGUAUAAAGGACAGCGAUGCUUCCGCAAUGCAACCUUACGUAUCUGGAAUUAUGGGAUUCCUGAAAACGUGUUGGUUGGACGAAGAUCGAAGCGACUCAUUCAGCACUGCUUCCCUCGGUUUGAUUGGUGAUUUCGCUGAGGCCUACAAGGGAUCCAUACGAGAUGAGCUCUUACAGGAUUGGGUAUCGCAAGCUGUUACUUGGGGUAGAACGAGAUCCGGUAACAAGCGAGCUAAGACCAAUGCAGCUUAUGCUCAACAGGCUAUCAAGAACGCUUCAAAAUAA